UGGCAUCCUUUCAAAGGCUCCGACACAUUGCCUUUGCAAUAUCGAAUGGCGUGGAACGUGGCCUGAGCUGGAGACGAUGCCCAAAGGUUGGCAUGUCCCUGUGCGCCGGUUGGCAAGAGGGGCAAAGAUGGCACGCAAGGAGUUAAGCAGUAGGCAGUGCUAGCGGCCUGCGAAUAGCACAUUUGCUCGGCUGGCGGUGGAGGGAGGGAGGAAGGGAGAGGAAAAGAGAGAGCGAGAGAGAGAGACAGCGCCAGCCAGAUAGAGAUGUUAAGCCGGGGAACAGUUGGGAGCCGCAUUUUCGGGCCAGACAUCCUCCCUUGCCUUUGGCCAAGAGGAUGGGCAUCUUGGGGGGAAGGAAGGGUGACGGCAUGAUGGAGAAGGAGCCGGUCAGGGGGUGCCAGCAGCCGGAGCCACUCCGCAGCAGCGUGACCGGGGCUUGCAGUGCUCAGAGGUGCCACAUCUAACGGCGUUCGCAGCCUCGAUCGGCCCUGGCACCGAGAGAGACAUGCCAGUGGGGUGCAUGCCGUGACGCAGGGCUGGCAUGUCUCCGUUCGCCAGCCUCGUCGCCAAGAUGCACCGAUGGAAACUCUCCGGACGAGGCCCAAGCUCGCCAAGGCCAGGCCGACUCUCCUCACUCUGACGCUGCAGCGCUGAAUGGCGGCUCUUCGAACAAAGUUCCUAGUCAUCUUCCGCUCGUUCCAGGGCCCCUGGAUACCUUUCCAUUCUCUGGUGGAGAAAAAGAAAGACGGCGACCCGGCCUUUUCCGUUUCAUUCAGGAUCGGCCCGCAAGGAAAGCUACAACAUCCGAUCAGCUUUCAAGCGGCUUUUGAAACUCCUCGUCUUCUCGAACAUGAUCCUUCCAUCCACGGCAUCUCCCUCACAGGGGAUAUUAAGAGGAGACAAAAGGAAAUGGCCUCUGACUAGGAUGGUUUGAGACGGGACCGCCUCUUCCCAGAGCCAAAGAAGAGGAUGUGCCUUCGUUUUCUGACAUCUCGGCCUUUGGGACCAAGUGUGGAACCGUGAGGUCUAUUUGGCCUGCGGGAGCCUGUGACAACACUCAUAUUUUGUCUUUGGGAUCAACUGCUGGUUCCUUCGCCGCCUUGGGAAUUGAUGCCCGGGUGGGGCGUGACCCCUUUGGGCAUUGUGGGUUUGCACUCUCCUCCCCGAACGGAAUGCCACUGGCAUGGCCAAGCUCUUGCUGAGAUUCCAACGGUAUUUUCGGCGGAAACCCAUCCGCUUCUUCAUGCUGAUCGCCCUCUACUUGACGGCGGGAAGCCUGGUGUUCCUCCAUGCCAGCUUCACUGGACAAACCCGGGUGCCCGAGCACGAGCCCAGCCCCAACAGCCGUGCCGGGGAUGGGACGGAGGCCAAGUAUCUGGGGACGGCUCAACUGGGCAGGGAAGUCAAAAAUGCCCCGGAAACAUUGACCACGGCCCGCAGGUACGGCGCGUGGUUCAAGAGUCCGUCCAAGGAGUUGCCUGGACGGAGCAAAGUCGGCGACUAUGGCGGGACAUGGAGUCGAGCCCUCAAGGGAAGGAACGUGCGCGAGAAGGAGGAAGACCGAGGUAACAAUUCAUCUGAGUGGGCGAAAUACAUUGGCUGCUACGUGGACAACACGCACCGGAGAGCCCUGCGCGGCGUGUCUUUCUUUGACUACAAAAAAAUGACAUUGUUCCGUUGCCAGGACAACUGCGCCGAACGGGGUUACCUCUAUGCAGGGCUGGAGUUUGGGGCUGAGUGUUACUGCGGGCACAAGAUCCAAGCCGCCAACGUCAGCAACUCCGAGUGCAACAUGGAGUGCAAGGGGGAGAAGAGCAACAUCUGCGGCGGGGUCAACCGGCUGUCCAUCUACCGCCUCGAAUUGGCCCAGGAGUCCGCAAGGAGGUAUGGCAGUGCCAUCUUCCGCGGUUGCUUCCGCCGCCCGGAGAAUGUGACGCUGGCUUUGCCCGCCAGCAGGGUGAUGAAAAACAUGUCGGUGGACCGUUGCGUGGACUUCUGCACCAGCAAGGAGUUCCCCUUGGCAGCCCUGGCCGGUGAGUCCUGCCACUGUGGUUUCCCCACUACCCUCUUCACUUUGCACGAGCGGGAAGACGAGCAGCUCUGUGCCCAGAAAUGCAGCGGCGAGGAGUUCGAAAGCUGUGGCACCGCCAAGUAUUUCAUCAUGUACCAGACGCAGGUGCAAGACAACCGCUGCAUGGACCGUCGUUUUUUAACAUCUCGGGCCAAGCAGUUCAUUGCCUUGGCGAGCUUCCCAGGUGCGGGCAACACUUGGGCCCGGCAUCUCAUUGAACUUGCCACGGGCUACUACACUGGCAGCUAUUACUUUGACGGUUCUCUCUAUAACAAAGGGUUCAAAGGCGAGCGGGACCACUGGCGCAGCGGACGGACGAUCUGCAUCAAAACCCAUGAGAGUGGACAAAAGGAGAUCGAGGCCUUCGACGCGGCUAUCUUGCUGAUCCGCAACCCGUACAAGGCCCUCAUGGCGGAAUUCAACCGGAAAUAUGGCGGCCACAUUGGUUUUGCGUCCCAUGCCCACUGGAAAGGGAAAGAGUGGCCGGAAUUUGUCAGGAACUACGCCCCCUGGUGGGCGACCCACACUCUGGACUGGCUGAAGUAUGGCAAGCGGGUCCUGGUGGUCCACUUUGAGGACUUGAAACACGACCUCUUCAUUCAGCUCAAGCGUAUGGUGGGCCUCUUGGGCAUUGCCGUCUUGGAGGACCGGCUCUUGUGCGUGGAGGGCCAGAAGGACGGCAACUUCAAGCGCUCCGGCCUGCGGAAGCUGGAGUACGACCCCUAUACGCCGGAGAUGAGGAAGACCAUCAAUGGCUACAUCAAAACCGUGGACACGGCCCUGAAACUCCGGAACCUGACGGGUGUCCCAGAGGACUAUUACCCGAGAUGAUGGCCGUGGCCGACGGGGAGGUGGUUUGGAGGCCCGGACUCUCCCUGGGAAGGUGCCCUGGGUUUCCUGAGCUGGGAACGAUUUCCACCCAGUGGGUGGCUUUGCUUUAGGCGCUCAUUCCGCUGCUGACGAAUCCCCUUGCAUGAGCAAAUGUGGUUGUCACCCACCCUUGGCAAAGCUGCCUGCACCGCCGUUACGUUUGCUGGGCACUGCUGUGCACCGACCUCAGCCUUGGACUCCAUGGCACCGCAAAACCUUUCCUUCCCCUGGAACCCCCGUAAUGCUGGUCGCUUCCAUUCUUUUCUAGCUGGUUGCAACCCUAUGAGGCCCCCGAUAACCCUGGAAGAAAAAUCAGGUCAUGUCGGCGUACGGCCUUUGUCCGUUUUUUUUUCCAGGAAUGUUUCCCUGGCAUGUGGGGGGUGCUCUGUUGCUUGGGAUGCUUGGGACCGGAGGCACACCGACACUUGGGGACCCAAGUGGGCCUUACCACGGAGCACAACGAUUGGCAGAAUCCCAAGGGAUGAGCCACCAAAGAGCGUGGACACGUUAUUUUGCGGACAGUUCAGCUCCCAGAAUCUCCCAACCAAUGUGUUGGUUGGGGGAAAUUCACGAGUGUCUGCUGCCUAACAUCACUGGCCUCUGAGCUCUAUCAUUUUAUUCUUCUAUCCAGGGAGUUGUGUUGUUGUUGUUGUUUGAAAGGGGUGGGAUUCAAAAUGGCUACCUCCUCCAUCUGCCGCAGUGGGUCACGCUUUGCCCACUCUGGUAUUCGACAGUUGAAUGGCUGCAGAGGGGCGGCCGGGGCCAACCCUGCAGCCCGCAUGCAAACCGGGUGAAGGGUGAUGCCGCUCUUCGCAUUUGGUUGUGGGUGCCACUGUCCCGGAGACCUUCUGCUGACGACCUGUCUGCGAUUUGCCCCCUUUCCUUCUCCUUUUCACGCACCUUCUCAUCCACCUCGGCGCUAGAUCUCAACAGUACAGAACAGGAUGACGGCCUUGGCCUAUGCCUCCUUCCAGCCCUCGCCAACGCAAUCCGUGCGGAAUUGCGUGGCAACGUGACACCGAGGCUCACCAGCAGCCCAUCCCUGGUUGUGAACUUCUCACAGUGUUCUCCUUUUUCAUCGCUUUACGAAAAGUACGGCCUAUGUUAGAAUCCCCUCUGAGAUUCCCCUUGGUUUAGGGGAAAUUCCAGACCGUUGCCUCACAAACCAUUCACCACCUUUGGGAUGUGCGUCCUCGCUGCUGCUUUCUCUCCCCAGCCUUUUCUUUUCCCUUUUUUUCUCUUUUCACGGUUUGGCCCCGAUGGCUCUGCAGAGGUCCUUCUGCUCCUGAAUGUAUUGGGGAAGGAGCAGCAACAGAAAAUGUUUUGUGUGUCUCUUUGGGGGCGGGGGGCGGGAAGGGGGAGGUGUUGUUGCUUUCUUUUGAGCCUUCUUUUGGCAAAAAAAAAAAAUUCAGUUUAGUGCAAGUGAGCUCUGGUUUCGGCUUUGCCCCCUCCAUGCGCUGAACUCUGUCUGAACAAUCCUCAGGUCAAAUGCUGCCCAUUAAACCAAUGUUUUGUUAAUA